AUGCAGCUACGUGUUGCAUGGAAUAUUAAUGGUUUAAACCGUGUCCUAAACAAUUAUGUCACAGUUAGACACAAUGUGAAUGGCUUUACGAUUAGAAUAACUAAGAUCAAUAAUGCUACUAAUGCUACAUCAACAAUAAUAAGUACUGCUAGCAGUAAGUCUGAUCCAUUACAUCAUCAUGGAAGUGCUAUUAACUGCUCUGGAGAUUUAGUUAGUUACAGUAAUGCAUUAACAGUACACAUUGCAGUUGAUAUAACUAAACAACAGUCUAAUUCAAAACAAUCUACUUUAACUAAUGUACCUGUAGUUUCAGUUACUGAAAGCUCAUCUGAUGCUAUCACCAGCAACAGUAACAACAGAUCCACUUUAGCAUCAAUAUCUCAGACAAUCAUUGAUAAUACAUUAGUAUUAGAAACUUCAAGCAGCAUAGAACCGUCAACAACAUCAUCAAAUAGUGGAUCUAUAAAUGAAAACUUGUUGUUUUCAAUUUUUGGUGUCAUUGGUGCUAUAGUAAUUACAUGUAUCAUAGCAGUCAUUGUAAUUCUGGCCUGCAUUAUGUAUAGAAGGAAAAGUAACAGUGUGAAGAAAAAAGAAAGGAAUACUGACAAUUACACAGAAGUUGAGUUGAGAAACAUGAACAAUCAUGAAGUAACACACAAAUUCCUAUAA